UAGCAGCGGCAACAGUCUCUGACAGGUUUGGCGUGAUGGCUACAGGGUCCUGGAGCUGGAACCUGGAUUUCGACCUAGAUUUGGAGCCUUCUACUCCCACUUGAUAUCUGUGUAUCAGGGUAUUCCGUUUCCCCGAGAACGCUGUUUUCUUGCCAAGAGCCAUACUCUUGGUCUGAUAUUGCCUCCCUAUCCUUAGUAUUGCAUAUUCACUCUCCUCCUUCCAUCUAACGGUGUUGCCUUUCCUGGGCUGUUCCUCGGGUAUCCCCUGCUGGAAGAGCAAGGGCAAGAGUGGUCUGGGAACCAGACCCCAGUCACUGGAAAUGAGUAGGAGCCUGAGCUGGUCUGAACAGAUUGAUACGCUUUUGCGUGCAACUGAUGGGCAUGUGGACCGCAUUAAGCAGAGGCUGUAUCCCCUUGGGGUCUCCACCUCAGGGGACCUGGCUGGAUCCUGGUUUUCCUCUCAUCACUUGUCUCCACAGUCAGAGGACCAAGCUCAACAGCCUUGGGCUCUAGAAACCCCCACCGUCCCAGAGAGACUAAACUGGGCUGAGACCUAUAGCCCAACCUCUCUCUGGAAUGAAGUUACUAUUCUCCGAUUGGAGGUUCAAUCUCAGGCUCAGGUAACUAAGGCACUAAGGAAGACUGUUCAGAGAUUGCUGGAAGAGCAAGAGCAACAGAUGUCCAAGAUCAGUGCUCUGGAAGCAUCACUAAGGUUGCUGCAGGGGGGCCCAGAAGGGCGAGCUCUUCUCCUGGAACAACACCUGGAGGGGCUGAGAAGGGAACUGCAAAGCCUUCAGAAUCAGGUAUGGGAGCAGGCCGAAGCCCAAGCCCAAAUGAAAAAAAUACCAGGAAACUACAGUUCUACCAGUGGCUUUCACCAUGAGCUCCAAAUUGAGCAGCAAAUACUGUGGAAAGAGUCAGAGAUUUUGCGAGAGGAACUGAAGUUGCUACGGAACCAGCUGAGCCAGCACCAGGAGCUGCUGCUGAAGCAGAUGACUGAGGGGCAGCAGGCUCAAGCCCACAGCUGGAAGCAGAUGUUGGAAAAGCUGCAAAGUGGGCAGGAGAACAAGAGUCACACCCUGGAGGCUGCCAGGACAGAGUCCCAGGAUGCCCAGCAGGAGCAUAAUUUCCUCAGGACUUCCUUUGAUGUCUUCCAAUCUAAGCUGCCCCUGGCCUUCACCUUCACCAAGUCUCUUUGUUCAGCUAGCUCUGAAGUCAGUCUUCUAGACAGUAACAGUAACUGGGAACUUUUAAGGAAAUUAGAGGAGCAUCAUUUUCAACCUGAUGCUGAGCGUCUCUCAACUCCAUGCUCAGGGAAUCUUGAGCAAGCGAACCUAUCCCUUCAGGGUCCCAAGAUACUUCUGAGUGACUUGUAAUGACUUUUUUGAGAAUAGUGAGAUGAAGGCUUUUUUUGCCCAUCCUCCCCUCUUGUUCUGGGCAGCCUGCCAAUCCCCUCUCGAUCUAGUUGUAUCUGACAUUUCUAGUGAGGCUCCUCACUGUCUACCUGUCCCUGUCCCUAACUUCAAUAAAAUGGUUUAACUCUC